AUACAGCUAAAACGUAAAAGGAAGGUGUUGAGAAGAGGGACAUACACCAGAAACAGACUACAGUCGUGAAGAAUAAGGAAGUUAGGACAGAAGCUUCUGGCAAUCCUCAGCAAGGUUCUCUGCCACUACUACGAAUAGCAGCUUACCUCUGUCAAAUUACCCUAUGUCUGAGAGCAGCACCCCUGGAUUUUAUUCUUGACUGAGUUUUCAGGAACUGAGACCUAUGUUUUUGGUAUGGACAAAAGGAAACUGAAGUUCUUACAAUUCAGUCACAAUGCAAUCACAGGAAACAAAGAUUCAAAAUUUCAAAUCCAUGGAAGGAGAAGUGGAGUUCCAAAGAGUAAGACCAUGAAUUAUGGCAUUUCUUAAAUGAAGCAUUCAAGAAGUGAGAGAAUGUCAUAGAAAAUAAAUGAUUUUUAAGUUAUGUCUAUUAAUCUGACUGUAGAUAUAUAUAUUUACCUCCUUAGUAAUGCAAGAAGUAUUUGUGGGAAGCAGAGAAGCAAGCAGCUGUAUUUCUUGUUCUCACCUAAGCAUUACUGGAGGAUAAGCCACAUCAGUCUACAAAGAGGUUUUCAUACAAACAUAAUAAGAUGUAAAUGGACCAAAAGUGAAGCACAUUCUUGCAGUAAGCACUGUUACUCUCCAAGCAACCAUGGUUUACAUAUUGGGAUUUUGAAACUUAGCACUUCUGCUCCCAAAGGACUUACAAAAGUGAACAUUUGUAUGUCCCGUAUUAAAAGUACUUUGAACUCUGUUUCAAAGGCUGUUUUUGGCAAUCAAAAUGAAAUGAUUUCACGUUUAGCUCAAUUUAAGGCAAGUUCCCAAAUUUUAAGAAAAGUAUCAGAUAGUGGCUGGUUAAAACAGAAAAACAUCAAACAAGCCAUCAAAUCUCUGAAAAAAUAUAGUGACAAAUCAGCAGAAAAGAGUCCUUUUCCAGAAGAGAAAAGUCACAUUAUAGACAAAGAAGAAGAUAUAGGUAAACGCAGUCUUUUUCAUUACACAAGUUCUAUAACCACAAAAUUUGGAGACUCAUUCUACUUUUUAUCAAAUCAUAUUAAUUCAUAUUUCAAACGUAAGGAAAAAAUGUCUCAACAAAAGGAAAAUGAACAUUUCGGGGACAAAUCAGAACUUGAAGAUAAAAAGGUAGAAGAGGGGAAAUUAAGAUCUCCAGAUCCUGGCAUCCUGGCUUAUAAGCCAGGCUCAGAAUCUUUACAUACUGUGGACAAGCCUACAAGUCCUUCUGCAAUACCUGAUGUUCUUCAAGUUUCAACUAAACAAAGUAUUGCUAACUUUCUUUCUCGUCCCACGGAAGGUGUACAAGCUUUAGUAGGUGGUUAUAUUGGUGGACUUGUCCCCAAAUUAAAAUAUGAUUCAAAGAGUCAGUCAGAAGAACAGGAAGAACCUGCUAAAACUGAUCAGGCUGUCAGCAAAGACAGAAAUGCAGAGGAGAAAAAGCGUUUAUCUCUUCAGCGAGAAAAGAUUAUCGCAAGGGUGAGUAUUGAUAACAGGACCCGGGCAUUAGUUCAGGCAUUAAGAAGAACAACUGACCCAAAGCUCUGCAUUACUAGGGUUGAAGAACUGACUUUUCAUCUUCUAGAAUUUCCUGAAGGAAAAGGAGUGGCUGUCAAGGAAAGAAUUAUUCCAUAUUUAUUACGACUGAGACAAAUUAAGGAUGAAACUCUUCAGGCUGCAGUUAGAGAAAUAUUGGCCCUAAUUGGCUACGUGGAUCCAGUGAAAGGGAGAGGAAUCCGAAUUCUCUCAAUUGAUGGUGGAGGAACGAGGGGCGUGGUUGCUCUCCAGACCCUACGAAAAUUAGUUGAACUUACUCAGAAGCCAGUUCAUCAGCUCUUUGAUUACAUUUGUGGUGUAAGCACAGGUGCCAUAUUAGCUUUCAUGUUGGGGUUGUUUCAUAUGCCUUUGGAUGAAUGUGAGGAACUUUAUCGAAAAUUAGGAUCAGAUGUAUUUUCACAAAAUGUCAUUGUUGGAACAGUCAAAAUGAGUUGGAGCCAUGCAUUUUAUGACAGUCAAACAUGGGAAAACAUUCUUAAGGAUAGGAUGGGAUCUGCACUGAUGAUUGAAACAGCAAGAAACCCCACAUGUCCUAAGGUAGCUGCUGUAAGUACCAUAGUAAAUAGAGGGAUAACACCCAAAGCUUUUGUGUUCAGAAACUAUGGUCAUUUUCCUGGAAUCAACUCUCAUUAUUUGGGAGGCUGUCAGUAUAAAAUGUGGCAGGCCAUUAGAGCCUCAUCUGCUGCUCCAGGCUACUUUGCAGAGUAUGCAUUGGGAAAUGAUCUUCAUCAAGAUGGAGGUUUGCUUCUGAAUAACCCUUCGGCAUUAGCUAUGCAUGAGUGUAAAUGUCUUUGGCCAGAUGUGCCAUUAGAGUGCAUAGUAUCCCUGGGCACUGGACGUUAUGAGAGUGAUGUGAGAAACACGGUAACAUACACAAGCUUGAAAACCAAACUUUCUAAUGUUAUCAACAGUGCUACAGAUACAGAAGAAGUCCAUAUAAUGCUUGAUGGCCUGUUACCUCCUGACACCUAUUUUAGAUUCAAUCCUGUAAUGUGUGAAAACAUACCUCUAGAUGAAAGUCGAAAUGAAAAGCUGGAUCAGCUGCAGUUGGAAGGGUUGAAAUACAUAGAAAGAAAUGAACAAAAAAUGAAAAAAGUUGCAAAAAUAUUAAGUCAAGAAAAAACAACUCUGCAGAAAAUUAAUGAUUGGAUAAAAUUAAAAACUGAUAUGUAUGAAGGACUCCCAUUCUUUUCAAAAUUGUGAUGAGUAUAUGCUGAUGUUCUCAUAAAUGAAGGCCUGUUCAGAAGAUCAACCACAUUCAAUAAGGAAUUGUGGGGUUUGACAUGAGUUGACUUUGAAAUACUUAUGAAUUCUGGAGAAUCCUGAAAAAGACGGUACUUCGACCAGCUUGCACAGCACAGAGAAUAUUCUUGGUUACAGAAUUCAUAUGGGAACCAGGCUUUUAAGAUGUUAAUAAUUAACUAAGCUUUAGUAACCUUACUGUGCUAGUUGAUUUUAGUAGAUAUUGGUGUUAUAUUGUUUGAUGUUUGAAAAUGUAUUAAUAUAUGUGCCAAACAAGAAACUGAAAGCUAUAUUGUACUGUAUAUUUUUACUUUAGUCCUCAUAAUCAUGUUGAAUUUAUGUGAUCAUUGAUUUUAUUUCAAAUGGAAAAGCUAAUUUCUUCCUAAAUUUACAUUACCUAAUAUUCUCACUAGCUACAUUCUCCAAUCCACACUGCCUUUUAUUGUAAUAUCGUCUAAAUAGAUGCAGAAAAAUGGAAUUUUCUCUAUUAAAGUAUUUUACAUUUGACAUGAAAAAGAACCAGAUAAAGUUUUCUAUUCAAAUAUGUUUAUUUUAACAUUGUUUGGUUAAAAAAGGUGAAGUUCCAGUCAACCACUUUCUACCCCUGAAGUUUCAAGAUAAUGCUGUAUUAAUUUUUCCAGAUCUAACACUAGCUUAUUCUUCCCUGUUAUAAAAUGGUUUGAACUUACUGAGGAGAUAUUCCUAUCAUUAACAAAAAUAAACUAAUCUGUUCUUAAAA